AUGCCCAUUGAAGUUGGUCUUUUAUCUUCUCAACAAGAUUCAUUUGAACAACAUGAAGAAUUAAGUAAACUAUUAAAUGAAACUGAUGUAUUCUAUGUUCCACUUCGAAAUGAAUAUGGUGAUAAUAGUAUCAAUACAAAUCAAGAUUUAACUGAUUUAACAAAACGUUUUGAUGAAGAUCUUUCAAAUAAACAUUUAAUUGUGACAUUUCGAGACAUUGGUUAUUCAUUAUUUCUUGAUUCUGUUGAAAGUAUUCCUGAUGAAAAUGAUCAAUCAAAAAUUCGUGUUUCCGGAAAAAUGAUUGUUGAUGGUAUAUGUAUACAAUUUUUUGGUUGUUUUGAUCAUGGUAAUAGAACAAAAAAGCAUUCCAAUACUCAAUCACAACAAAUCAAUGGUGUUGGAAGAGUUGAAUUAGAUGAAAAAUAUUAUCGAGAAUUAUCAUCAACACAAAUAACAUCUGGAAGUAAUAUAAAAGAAGAAAAUAAGAAUGAAAAAGAAAAACAUUCUGUUGAACCAAUAAUUAUACGUCGAACUCGUCAGCAAACAGCUAAAUUAAAAGAACGAGCUGAAACAAUGACAUUAAUAAGUAAACCUCAAACACGUUCACGAACAAUAAGUGAAAGUACAUUGCCUAAAAAUCGUACAAGUACUUCAACAAGUCCUCCACCACCAUUACAAAUUACUACUCCACUUCCUCAUUCAUCUAUUUCGACUACACGUCCAUAUAUACAUUCGCCAAGUCAUAUGCCGUAUCCAUUACGUUCACCACGUACAAAACAACAUCGUACUUCAUCACCAGUUCAUUUUACACCUUCAUCUACAUCAAGAAAUGCAGAAAUUCAUUCAUCUCUUAUUUCAAAUGCUCCAACAGCUUUUACUGAAUAUCCUCAAACAAAUUCUACAACAAUAACAUCACCAUCUAUUGAACCAUCUCAAUCACAUCGUAUACAAGUUCUAUCUCAAUCUCCUCAUUUUUCAUCUCCUACAACUGGUCAAACAACAAUGCCAAUACAAAUUCCAUCAUCGUCAAAUACAGGCUUUCCUACAACAUCAUUACCACACUUAACUAAUUUAUUUCCAUUAACCCAAUCUCAUUCAUUACCAACAUAUUUUCUUCCAACAGCAAAUAUUGCUUAUAUAACAACAGCUACAUCAACAACAAAUCCAUCUGGUACACCCUUUGAUUUAACAUCCUUACCUAGUAAUACAAGUGUUUUAUUAAUAACAAGUCCAAAUCAACAUCCAACACAACCCGUACAUAUAUUAACACCAAUUGAUCAUCGAUCAUUACAAUUUGCACAUUAUGCACAAACAAAUUUUUUUGUACCUCCACCUAUACCUCCACCUGUACCAUCAACACGUAUAUGCAAUAUUCUUCAAUCAACAUCAACAAGUGAAUCAAUGUCUAUUUUACAAAAUAAACGACAUGAUAAUGAAGAAGAUAAACAAAUUCAACGAUCAUUAGAAACUAAUAAACAAUCUACUGAACAAUUACCAUUUAAAAAACGACGUUAUACUGGUCAACAAUCACGAAUGGCUACUGUUCAUAAUGAUGAUGAUGACGUAUCUGAUGAAUCGGCAAAAAAGUAA